UCUCUCCCCCAGCUCUCUCCUGACUGACUCCAAGCUCUCCCAACACUCCUGCUCUUCUUUGCCAGAGCUGCUCGAGCCUCUUCUGAAGAGUCCCAUCGCCAGCUAGCAAUUACCCUUCUCCCACACUGAUUGGUCCGUUUCCGCUCCUGUGUAGAUAGAAAACAGCCCUUCAAAAACAGCUGCUUCCUCUUCCUGCUGCUCUUCAAAACAUACUGGCGAUAUGUUCCUUAUUUUGAUGCUCACCCAAGAUGACUACUGAAUCUUUCUCUUCUCUCCCCUGCCUAAAUGAUUCGUUGACCUCCAGUUUGAAUGCUACCUCGUUGGGUCUCGCGAAUGCUGAUCUUGAUCCUACUGCUUUUGUUAUCAACAAUACUGCUGACUACACCAUCAUCAACAGCAUCGACGAUAUCAACAAUCCCAUGAUCAAUGAUGUCAACACAACCUUGCCAAAAGACAUCCAAAAUACUCUCAAGAAACAGAAACUAUCCACCCAGGAAAAGUUGCAGAACGAGAUACGCUUGUUAAGAGCCAUAGAAUAUUAUCAACAAGCUAAAGUUUACAACGAGUCUCUAAAGGUUUCAAACAACUCUGCUUCUAACCAGGACGCAGCCACUGAAGCCGAUACUUCAGGUGAUGCGAAUAACAUUACUGGUGGAAUCAGUUACGCUAGUUUCUCAAGGCAUUUUAAGAAAAACAUAUCUUUUGAAUAUAUCAAGUCGAAAUUUAAGUUAAAAUGCUCAAAGUCUACUUUCCAUGGCAGAGUUAAUGGUAAUAGAUCAAGAUUGACUUAUUCUAUCCAGUCUAGAGUGCUAACUCUAUCCGAAGAAAAUUUGUUAAUUAAAAGAUUAAUUAAAUUGACAAAGAGAGGGUUUAUUAUUAAUAUGUCCAACAUUUUAUUAAUGAUAGACGAAAUAAUCGAUGAUAGAAUCCAUUUUUAUGAUUCUGUUGUGAUUGAUGAUGGAAAAAAUGAUGAAAAUGAAAAUGAAAAUAAAAACGAAAACGAAAACGAAAACGAGAAUGAGAAUGAGAAUGAGAAUGAAAAUGAAAAUGAAAAUGAAAAUGAAAAUGAAAAUGAAAAUGAAAAUGAAAGCAAAAACAAUAACCAACAUGAAAAUGACAAUCAACAUGACAAUGGUAAUCAAAAUCAAAAUCAAAAUCAAAAUCAAAAUCAAAAUGAUAUUGAUGAUGACAAUAACGAUCAUAAUACUGAUAAUAUUAAUAAUAUUAAUAAUAAUCAAAGUAAUCAGAAUAAUCAGAAUAAUCGAAAUAUUCAAAAUAGUAAUCAAUAUACAAAAAAUCAAGAUCAAACCAGGAAUAUCAAAAGAUAUGAUCACUUGAAAGUAAAUAAUAGUAAUUAUGCAAACAAAAUGUUAUGUAAAAACAAGCCUUAUCUGGGUGUGGACCAUUAUGUUACAAGAUCAUAUGUCAAAGAAUUUUUUAGAAGACAUGAGCUAGAUUUCAGAAUUGAAAAACUAUCCGAUAAUAAUUAUAAAUUUUAUGAAUCUGAGAAUAACCUUUUACUUUUACAAUAUAGUAUUAGCAGUAAUUCUCUUAAUAAUAAUUAUAAUAACAUAAUGGAGAAUGAUACUAGCUCCUGUAUAAUGCCUGAUAAGACUAUUAAUUCUGAUAAUCUUGAUGGGGAUUCCUUUCAAAAAAUCAUUAAAAACAUCAAAAAUAAAGCUGUCAAAAAUAGUAAACAUAAAAUUAAAAAACCUAAAAAUAAAAAAAAUACUAAGUUUAAAACUAAGAAAAACAAUAAAUCCAGCGAAUCCUCGGAUAUUACAAAUAACAUUAACUAUGAUUCCUUUUUAGAAAAAGCAUUUGCAAAUAAUUUCUCCUAUUUAGCGAAUUCAACUAUAAACCAAAAAGUAUUGGAAGACUUAUCUGGAAUUUCAGCUGCCAAAAAAUACUCGAUAAAUUCAAUUUUGAGUUUAGCCAGAGACGCAAACAAUUUUAUUGACAAUCUCAAAAAUGGUUCAGGUUCUGAAAAUAAUCCUUCUGGAAACAGCAAUUCAAUUGAUAAUCUAGACAAUCAUAAUGACAACAGUAAAAUUAAAAAAAAACACAAAAAAAGCAAAAAUAAACAGAAAUCAAAUCAUAAAAAUAAAAACAGUAUAAACGAUUCCAAUUCUGUAGAUGAUGGCAAAAAUCAUACAGAUAACUUCAAAAAACAUGCCGAUUUACAUUAUAUUAAAAACAACUACCUAGUUUAAAUCAUCAUUCAUCACUUCAUUAUUUUUUUUUUAUUUUGUUAAUUUCACUAUUUGGUUUUUUUAUGGUUUUUUUUUUUGAUUGGUUAAAUGAAAAUCAUAAAGAAUUGAA